AUGAACUCAAAGUUGGGUCAGAUCGACACCAGCAACAAGCACCAGAUCGGAGCUCUGGAGAAGCUGACGCUGGAGCGGGUUCAGGCCGAGAGGAGCCGGUGUCUGCGGAGGAUGGAGCAGAAGGCUCUAAGGGAGCGACAGGAGAGCCAUGUGCAGCAGUCGUCUUUGGUGAAGGAGCUGAAGGUCUGGUGUCUGUCCGAGCUGCAGAACAUGGAACUCAGACUCUGUGAGGAAGCAGAGGGUGGAGGAGCAGAGGGUGGAGGAGCACAGGGCGGAGGAGCAGAGGGCGGAGGAGGAGCAGAGGGCGGAGGAGGAGCAGAGGGCGGAGGAGGAGCAGAGGGCGGAGGAGGAGCAGAGGGCGGAGGAGGAGCAGAGGGUGGAGGAGCAGCAGACGGAGAAGCUGCAGCAGGAGGAGCAGAGGGUGGAGGAGGAGCAGAGGGUGGAGGAGCAGCAGACGGAGAAGCUGCAGCAGGAGGAGCAGAGGGUGGAGGAGGAGCAGAGGGCGGAGGAGGAGCAGAGGGUGGAGGAGCAGCAGACGGAGAAGCUGCAGCAGGAGGAGCAGCAAGUGGAGCAGGAGGAGGAGGAGCCAGCAGCUCCAGAGCUCCUGCGGCACCAGCAGCCUCUGCUCAGGACCAUGUGGACUCAUCUGCAGAUGUGGGUGUGGCCUCUGAUCCAGUCGUGAGACCCAAGCAGCGCGCUCUUCUGUCCCCGGAUUCAAGAAAGAUCAAGGAUCAGAGCGGCUCAGGUCCAGGGGGGGUCCGAAAGCACCGUGCCAGGAGCCAGGACCGGACCAAGAGCCAGGACCGGACCAGGAGCCAGGACUGGACCAAGAGCCAGGACCGGACCAAGAGCCAGGACCGGACCAGGAGCCAGGACCGGACCAGGAGCAGGACUAAAGGCCCAGAGGGCGUGGAAGUGAAGCCUGAGCCCCCGAUGCCUCAGGAGAGUGAGGCGGCGCCGCAGCAGCUGCUGGAGGCCGUGUCGUCACAGAUGCAGCGCUGGUACCAGAGGAAGCUGCAGGAGGUGAGGCGACAGGACGAGCUGAAGGCCCGGGCCGAGCGCGCCGCUCUGCUGACCCGGAUCACGGUCCUGGAGGACGAGCUGAGCCUGCUCCGGGACCAACACUGCAGCUGA